UCCGCCUCCGAGUCUCCCUUUUUGACAGAGGACGGUUAGCACCCGCCGCGGUACCAUGUUUCGAGCCGUGUUCCGACUGUCAGCCACAGGGGCUCGGAGCCUGGCUCGGUCACGACCCUGCUACACAGCUCCAUUGGCUUCCAGAUGUUACUCCCAUGAAAAGGUGGAGUCAGACGAGGAGUUUGAUGCCCGUUGGAUCACUUACUUCAGCAAACCUGACAUUGAUGCCUGGGAACUGAGGAAAGGCAUGAACACCCUGAUUGGGUAUGACCUGGUACCCGAGGCCAAGAUCCUGGAUUCAGCACUGAAGGCUUGCCGAAGACUGGAUGACCUGGCCACUGCCAUCCGCAUCCUUGAGGCCGUUAAGGACAAAGCAGGCCCUUACAAAGAGAUCUACCCCUACCUGAUCCAAGAGCUAAAGCCAACCCUUUCAGAACUGGGUAUCUCAACACCAGAAGAGCUGGGCAUUGACAAGUUAGACUGUCAGGUCAUUUGAUGUUCAAAGAGAUGAGCUCCCCUGGUUCUCUCCUGUCAAAUAUGUCUAUAUUGUUGAUUAAAUCCAUGUUGUCCUGUUGUGUACAAAGUGGUGGACCUAAUAAAGAAAACCAAUAAUUAAAAAA